UAUCGAGUUCCGGGAACGCGACUUUACCGUCGAAUUUCGUAAUAACGCUCGCCAGCAGAUGGCGAUGGAUUAACAAUUACGGCUUCGGUGAGAAAUGAUAACAACGUCAGAGCUUCAAGUUCGUGUCCAAUCGUCAGUGAUCUCCAGAACUUUUCAAAUUUGAACUGCAAAAUCGAUCGACUGUUAUUGUUUAACGUUCGAAGUGGAAUCGAAGUCGAGCGGAUCUGCGGAGGAUUCACGGAUUCGCGGUUGCGGGAUGACGGGAAAACGCUGAAUCGUCCGUCCUACGAAUUAGCAGUUGAAUCGUCGCCGUAGCCGCGAACAAAGGGCGCCACAAUGUUCACGCCGAUUAAGCCCAAGGUCCAGGGUGUGUUGAACGACACGAUGGUAAACACGCCGCAACCGCAGGCAACGUCGACCGUACGAAGAACAAAAAGCGCGAUGGAGAGUAGAUUUAACGACAGACACGUAAGAGAAGAGAAAGACAAGCAAGAUUUGCCACAUAAGUUGACACAGAGAGAAGAUACUUCCUUAGGUCUUCUUAAAAACAUGUCAGUUCUCACAAGUCUAAGCACAGAGGAGGAACAAAAAUUGACUUAUCCCAAUAUUGAUGCAGAACUGGAAUGUGCCAGGAAACUUCUUCAGAGAUGUAGCAAUAUAAAUAAUUCUUUAACCACGGAUAUGAAUAAGGAGAAUAACGUUAAUAUGCAAAAUAUUACUGGUAAUAUGUCAGUUUCAAAUUUUGGUCUACCAAUUGAGACAUAUUUGUCUGAAUUAGAAAAGUGCAAUGUGAAUAAUUUGAUGAGUAAAGUCAGCACGACUAGUGUUACUUUUGAACCUAAUGAAAUAACAGCACGUUCAUCUGGUGUCAAUAAUAGUGUUAAGGAACAUUCUCUUGUAAACAAAUCUUUUGGUGGCAUUAGCUUCAGUAAAAGCGAUAUAAUAGCACAGUUUAAUAAUGAGGUAAUGGUGGAGAUCAAUAAUGAAGAAUUUUUAUCUGGCUCAAAAAUGGCUGAACAGCUGUCGUUUGAUCAAGCUUGCUGCGAACAAGAUCAUACAUAUUGCAUACCAGGCAUGAAUACAGAAAAGCAAAAAAUAGAUAUUGAUUCUUUUUCUGGUAUCAUUGGAGAAGUAGAUUUAUCAAUAGCAUCUUGUGCUGGACGAAAAGUAUCUGUUGGCCAAUACUUCCAACGCAAAUCUGAUAAAAUAGGAUUGUUGGGAACAAUUGGGGACAAAGCAAGCCUUGGUGUUAUUGCUGAAACUCCAAAAAGAAGUGGCAAAUUACCAGUAUUAGUUGAGUCGACUAUUUUGACAGAUGCAACUCCAUUGCCAGCAAAAUUGAUAGAAAAGGAGUAUUUGCUUACUCCUAGUGCAACAAAAGAUAUAGAUGAGAACAGCGUCAUAAGUUUAAAUACUAUCCUUAAUACUUUACAAGAUGUUAAUAGCGAGACACCACGGAGAUUGGUUGAUCAGCUUUUAAAAGCACAAAAGAAGAAAGAAAAUCCAGCAAUACAAGAUAGCGCAAGAAAAGAAACUUAUAGAUUGCCUUCUAAUAAAAAGUCUAUAAUAACAAUGCCUACUAGAAAUUCAAAUAAAUUUGAUGAAGAUAUUAAUGCAGAGAAUUUUUCAGCUAAAUUAUCGCUAGAUAGCAGAACUGAAAAUGAAAAUAGUGAUAUAAAACAUGAACGUAUGAGAGCACUGUUACUUCCUUCAAAUAAAAAUACAAAGGAAGCUGAAACUUUCAUAGAUGUGUGCAAAGAAGAAGUGCCAACAUCAUCAUAUAAUCAAGAUAUAGAAGUAUCGUCAACAUCAGAUUUUAUAUUUCCUUUACGAAAUUCCAUACCAAGUAAUUUACCAGACAAAUUAUCUGUAUUAUCUACAGUGCCAUUUAAAAUGAACAGUAAGAAUUAUGAUGAAGAAAGCUAUAAUGAUUUGAAUAUACAAAGCAAAGAAAUGAUAAAAAAGGAUACCACUGAGAGUAUGAGAAAUUCAUUACUCUCAGUAUUCACAGAUAUAGAAAUGCAGCAUGAUCUAAGUGAAGAUGUCGAUAUUGGCAAAAACUCGAAACAGUCGUGCAACUGUAUUGUUGGUAUGAUAAAUGAAGCUAACAUUGAUCUUAUAAAUAAUGGAAAUAGAUGGAUAACAUGUACAUUUAAAUUACUUAAUAUGUCGGGAGAUGGGGAAAAUAUUGAACUAAACAUACCUUCGGAAGCUAUUUUAAUAAAACCUAAGGGGAUUCAAUCUGCAAAGAUUGAAAUGAAAGUAGUAAAAAUGUGCAAACCAGUAUUCGUAAUAUUAAAUAUAUCUUUAUCAGACAUGGUGGCAAAAUCAAAAUGGUCUAUGAAGCAUAUGCUUUAUAUUACCUCGGAAGAACUCCAACUGGAUAUCAUAUGCCACUCUGAUAAACAGGAAUUGGAUUUUCAAUAUAUUGCGGAAGAGACAUCAAAAGUUCUACCUAUAACAUUUCAUAACAAAAACAAUGUUGAUGUACCUGUUAAUCUUUCUAUAUUACAUGAUGGACCAAAAAUGUUUAGUAUUGAAGAACCAAUGUAUCUAAUAAAACCACAUGAAAAAUUUACUACUAAUAUAAAGUGUGAAAGAUCGCAAUCUACAUUAGUGGAUUCUCCGCAAAGACAAUCGCAACAUUGGAAAAACAAACUAAUAAUACAAGUACAAUGUAAGGAUGAUACUGUAUUGUUUAGAAAAGAAAUACCCCUUUAUAUACAAAUAGGUAUUUAUAAAAUCCAGAUCAUAAAUACAGAACUACCUAUAGUUGUCCCAAGACAGCAAGAUAAAUUGAUAAAUAUCAUAAAUUCGGGAACCAUGGCAACUAACGUUUCCGCUACCAUUAUACCAAUGGAUGGGCAUCCAAACAUGAUGCAAGAUUUUUCUAUAAAACCGGAUAACAUAUUCUUGCAUGUCGGGGAGAUAAAUUCAUUUACGAUUGCGUAUAAACCACAAUUUUUAGAUGCAAACUCUGUAGAUAAUGAAAGAUAUGCAAAGAUCAAAUUAGUUGCUGGUAAUAAUGUUUAUCAUUACAUUAUAAGUACCGAAUCAUCAGAAUCAGAAAAAGAAAAUUAUAUACGUUGCCAUACACCUAAUAAUGUGGUGUCUCCAAGUCCUGCAACGUCGCCACAAAGUGUAAUCUCUAACAAGUCUGGACUUUGUGACAGAAAUUCUCCAAUUAGUACAGUAUCAAGUGUAGCCGUAGCAGGAAAUAUAAUUCCGAUUAGAGCUACACAUGCUGCCCUAGUAUGGAACAGUGUAAAGACAGGAAAAAGUGAUACUAAGGAGUUUACGAUUCGCAAUACAAGUAAUAAUAAAAUUAGGAUUCAAAUAGAUAUAUGUGAUGACAGCAAGAGUUUUAAGUUUCUUGGAGAGAGACAAACUAUAAAUACAAGCAUGGUAUUGGCGAUGCAACGUCAAGAAAUUAAGACAUUGACAAUCGCAUUUAGUCCAUAUUGUAUAGGUCCAGUAGUUGGAAAAAUUACUAUCAAACAUUAUACAAAAGAGAGUAAUGAUUCUCAACAACAGAAAAGAAUACCUUUGUAUGGAUAUGGUGGUUGGAGCAAGGUAAAAAUCUCGGGUACAUUUAAAGAUGCCAGUGGAAAAAUGUGGUUACCACUGGGUAAUCUGUAUUCUGAAACUACGACUUUGAACGCAAAUAUCUCAUUAGAUAACAUUGGCGAUUUAUGUUCAUUUGCCAAAGUGACGGUUGUACCGAAAGUUAUUUCUCCAUCAAUGCAUUCCAGUUGGCAUAUAAGUCCAAAAGAAGUGAUACUUAAUCCUAAAGAAUCCCAGCGAAUAACAAUACAAUUUCAUCCCAAGAAAGAAGACUUUGUAUUAUUGCAACGUUCGGAAGUUUCGCAUGUCGCGACAAUAAAUGUCACUUACGGAGAUGAGCCGACUCGCUGGCGGAUACGCAGAUUGUACAAUAAAAUAAGAGAAUUAGGUGAAUCAAGUGGAAAUGAAAAUGAGGCACUCAGGAAUAUUGUGUAUCCCAUAUGUAAAGCUUUCCCCGGGGAACAACUAAUCCCUGGCUUAACAUCAAUUCGCGAUUCAAUUCAAAAUCUAAGUGAUUUGUGCACCGGUGUUCAUCAAUACGAAAUAAUGCUCACAGUAGAAGCGUGCGCGGACGAUACUUUACCUGUACAUUAUGAUACCGAUGAAUCAGAGAUGUAUCAGUCUCUAAUAAGUGACACUACUCAUGUAGAUGAGGCAGGUGGAGCAAGUUUUUUCGCUUCUCAAACUAUGGCAGAAUAUGAAGUUCAACAUCCUGAAUUACAAAAUCAAUUCACUGUAACUCCGUCCACCAUCAUUCUGAAUCCUCCAAUACAGAAUGAAGCAACUGUAACUGUUCUUAGCUUUUUCAAAACAGCUGAACCAUUUCAAAUCAGUCUGUCAAAUACAGAUUGUUUCAGUGUUGUUCCCGCGGAAGGAAUGUUACCGAGUAAAAAGAGCUUUCCUUUAAAGAUACAAUGUUCUCAGAAGAUAGAACGUAACAUGCAGGCUGUACUUGAGAUUUACACAGAGAAUAGUAAACAGGACGUACUGAUUAAGGUUGUUGUGAAACGACAAUAAUCAAAAUUUUUUUAUAAUCACGAUAUUUAUUUAUGUAAUUAUCAUAAUUGAAGAAUUUUACAAAAGAGAUUUUAUGAAUGCAAGCCUAAUUUUUAACAA